CAGCCUGCUUGAAAUUUUGACAGCUGCGCGAAAAAAAAUGGCUACUGAGAAAAACGCAGACUGUGAACGAGACCUGCUCUUACAAAUAGAAUACGCGUUUCCCAUACUAGGUGAUAAGGUGCACAGCGAUUGCACAGAAGAGCAGUUCGAUAACAUAUUGAAGAAAAUUAAUGAUCUGAAACUAUCGCAACAUGUUCAAGAUCUAGUCAUCAAUCGUAUAGAAUAUUACAUACGACAUCAUGUGGCUCCAAAUUUUUGGAGUAAAUUUAGCGACACAUCCAAUGAAAGAUAUGGUUUCGAAUGCUUUAGAAAUGCUGUUGAUGGCUUGUACUCUAGUUUAAUAGAAUUUCUACCGAUGUUGAAGCAUUUGGAAUGUCUUGUGCAAAGUAGUGAUUUUAAAGGAUCACUCUAUGGCCAAAAGCAUAUUCUUGGGCAGUUCAAACUCAUUGUGAGAGCAAAUUUGUUGAGUCAGCUUGUUCUCAAUCACGAAGUGAUCAUUGAACAUUUUUAUAAAGUUGCGUUCAAUGUCUUCUGCAAUAGCGACACAUCUCUGCAAGAUGACUCAAAUGGGGAUAUCGGUCAAUGUGGUGGUUGUAAUCGAGAAAUAGAUGACUGUCAGUGUCAAGCGAUAGUGUAUAUAUUUCAUGAGGCUAAUCGAAAGUUGAUUGAAUUAGAAUUGCUGGAAAGAUUGGUAGGAAAUGUUUUAACUAGUUUGAUACAUAUCCGUAUCGAGAAUCACGUUAAUCGAGCCUGUGAAAGCAGCUUUGAUGUUUCCCAAUUGACAUCAUUAGAAAAUUGGUUGGAAACGGUUGUUAUGAGCUGGUUAACACGGAUAUAUUCUGGCGGCUCAUCUAAAUCUCCAUCUUUGAGUGGUGAAACACGAGAAGCUAUCAAUAAAUUCAAAUAUAAAUUGUCCCAUUUUCUAUACAAAACUUAUACUCGUACAAGGAUUGAUCAACUAUUUAAUAUUAUUAUUGAAUACCCUGAGUCACAGCCAGCAAUAGAAGAUUUGCGGGUUGGUUUGGAACGAACAGAUUUGCGGAAAACAUUAGUAGAAAGUUUGCAAGAUGCUUUAAAAACAAGACUUCUGCAUCCAGGAGUGAACACUCCGGAUAUAUUGACGGCUUAUAUAGCUGCUAUAAAAGCAUUGAGACAAUUGGACCCUACGGGAGUUCUUUUGGAAACUGUCACGCAACCUGUGAAGCAAUAUUUGAGGAGUAGGGAAGAUACAGUGAGAUGUGUGGUCAGCGGUUUGCUGGAUGAUUCACCUAGUGAUUUAGCUGAUGAAUUGGUCAAAGGUGAAUCACUACAGUUGGAAGAGAGUUCAGUUGACGAAGAGGACGAGGACUGGGAAAAAUGGACGCCAGAUCCAGUUGAUGCUGAUCCUUCAAAAUCAUCCCAACGACGAGUGUCCGAUAUAAUAUCUAUGCUUGUAAAUGUCUAUGGAAGCCAAGACCUGUUUGUCAAUGAAUAUCGAACACUGUUAGCCGACAGACUACUUUCCCAGCUGAAUUAUCACACUGAAAGAGAAAUUCGUCACUUAGAACUGCUAAAAAGACGUUUCGGCGAAAAUCAGUUACAUUACUGCGAAGUAAUGCUAAAAGAUGUUUACGAUUCAAAAAGAAUAGAUGCGCACAUUCAAUCUGAUCCUGGUUACAGUGAACAACCAUCACUUAUUUCUACUUCUGCUCUAAUUUUAUCUGCGCAAUUUUGGCCACCAUUCAAAGAAGAAUGGAAACUUGAAUUACCCAGAGCUGUUCAAGACCAACUUGCCAAAUAUAUGAAAGCAUUCGAAGCUCUCAAAGGCAACAGAACGCUCUGCUGGAAGCCUCAUUUGGGAAACGUGAACCUGGAAAUAGAACUGAAAGACAGAAAAUUAAAUCUUAAUGUCACACCUAUUCAUGCUACUAUUAUAGUACACUUCCAAAAUAGAAGCGAAUGGACGGUCGACGAACUUAGUGAAGCGAUGCAUGUACCUGCAACGGUUCUCCGUCGUAAAAUAACCUUUUGGGUAUCCCAGGGAGUUUUGAAAGAAAUAAGCAGUGAUAAGUUUUUAGUUCAAGAAGAAAGUGCGUCAAAAAAUCGACCAACAACUGAAAUAAUUGAAGAAGAAGAAGUGGAGAGUGCUAUGGCCUCAGCGAGUGACCAAAGGGAAGAAGAAUUACAAGUAUUUUGGUCAUACAUUGUAGGAAUGUUGACGAACUUAGACUCCAUGCCUUUAGAAAGGAUACAUCAGAUGCUAAAGAUGUUCGCUUCACAAGGUCCUGGAGCUGUGGAAUGUGGUCUACCAGAACUAAGACAUUUCUUAGACAGAAAAGUCAGAGAACAUCAGCUACUAUUCUCUGGUGGACUUUACAGAUUACCGAAAUCGUAAUGAUAUGUCCUUUUUGUGCUUUUUUAUUUUUGUACAAAAAACUACGUACCCCGAAUACAAAAUACUUGGUUCAUUGUUAAAAA